AUGCUUAGAGCUGCAUUGACCGAACUGAAAGUAGCACCCGCCAUGGGUGACUUUUCGAAAGAUUCUUUGGAACGCGUUAGCGGAUACCUGCUUGAAAUCAACCAGUACCGAUGGAGCUUUCGUUUCUGCGCUCAGCUCGAGUCGGCUGUGCGUUCGCUGUCGAGAUUCUUGCACUGCAUCGAGGCGACGAGGUUAGAGGCUCCACUACGAAUGGAAGUAUGGAAAUCGUUUUUGACCGCUAAAACGUUUGCCGACCGCCUGAAUGAUUUCAUCGAACAGUACGAACUGACGCAGUUGUCGCAGAAUCUGCAAUUGAGGUACAGCGGAACAGACGUGGUGGAAAUUUCCAGCUUAUUGCAGAAGUUGGCACAUCAGCUGUCCUACAGUCACAGGUAUACCAAAGAAUUCGCAGAAGAGUUCGUAGCUGAAUACAGUGGCUUCGAAUACAUGCUCGGAACUCUUUCCAUACUUCAGAGAUGGCUUUUCGAGAUGUCCAUGCAACACAAUAGUCGUUUCACGUCGAUGUUUCAUCGCAAUACUUCUUUGAAGUACCGUUCAGCCGGAAUUAUUUUGGCGUUUUUUAAUUACGUGGACACAUUCGGCAUCGUCUACAAAUCGCUGACGGCAUUGGCUGGACAAAAUCGGGACGACAGUCGGCUGACGAUCAUUGUCGCCCAACUGAAGUACGGAAUAAAGCACUCGAAUUUCCAACUGCAGACACUGACCAUGCGAUUUCUGAAUAAACUGUUUUCCCAAGCGCCAAAUCUAUACUACAAAAUCAUCAUUCAGGCAGAGGCGGAGACGGCUGGCUUUUCGACGUUCGAAUUGGAAAAGAUGUUCCCCACUCAUUUUUGGAAAGGAAAGAAAGACAGACAGCAAGAACCACGCAGGUGGAGUGUCGCUUUCCCAGAAAACGUCGAGUGCGGCUCAGAAAUGGGCGGAAUCAAGAGUGAAGCGUGUAACGGAAACCGCAGCGGGCUUAUCGAUCGGAACCCGUUCUACGAGGACCUGAGGGACUCCACCCAAUUUGCGGAAACCAAUGAAGACGUGGCGAGCAGGUACGAAGUUUAUUCGCCUAAAAAGGGCAGCCAUUUCCUGAAGCACCGUGCCAGUUCAUCCACCGAUUCCAAGGCGUCAGACUUCAUGUUAUCGGCCCGGUCACCUCGCGAGGAGCGCAUCUUCGAAAACUUUCCAGACAAACAGCCGAGCCCCCUUCCUGCGCCACAGGCAAGCACUCGGCCCUCCGCAGUUAAGCAGGACACGCUACUUCCGGCAGCGAAGCUUCAGGCAGCCCGAGAGGCCCUCCAUCGGGUCGGUACCACCUGCGACAACGCGCACUACCGCUGGAAGACAGCCAACUCAAACGUACCUCAAUGGAAGAGUCUGCAAGACCUAAAAUACGCGGAAUACGAGCCGAGACCGAAUGUGUAUUUCGGCGACGAAACCACCAACGGAUCAGACUCGUUCAAGUCGUUCAAGGGUUCCAGUGGUGGCGGCACGUCAGCAACAUCCGACCGCCGUCCGUACGGCAAAGACAUUAGCAACGACAGUAGGAACGACGCGAACGAAAUUGCUUACCACCCGGCUGUCCGGAGCCAUCACUGGAUUCUUCCAUUUCGAAGAGCUAAAACUCCUACAGCAUUCGAAGAGAAGGCAAGUGCAGUAUUCUACCGUUCAAGCAAACCGAUAGCUCAGAUUAUUGGCACGCAAUCGGCGUCGGGAUCAAGUUACGAUCAGUCGCCGUUGGCGAAUGACGAAAUGCCUUCGACCAGCAGCAUGCCCGGUUUUUCCGACGACUAUCGAAGAACGGUUAUUCAGAUCCCUCUCCGCAGCAGCAAUGAGGCUCUGUCGUCGACCGGUAGACAGAAGGUGGCAUUUGUGUGUCCGAAGAACGAAAGGAAUCGCAACAUGGUUAAGUUCAAACCGAGCUUGAAGCAGAUCCAGGAUGCCUCAGCAGCUGCAGCUGGUUUCACGUCGAAACCGGUGAGGAAGACAGUUUCAUACUACGGCGACGAGAUCGAGGACGCCCUGAAGCGCUUCGACUACCUCAACGACUAUUCGAUCGACGACGUUCAGCGAAAAACUAAAUUCAGCAUUUCUUGA